CCUGGAUAUACGCGUCUGGCCGAUCAAGGGCCGACUCUAUCAACCGAUGACAGUCUCUCUCCUAUUUAUUUGCUUAUAAACCUGUUACAAUAAAUGAUCAUUCGAGCCGCGUCACGCGCACCUUUAACGACGAAGGCGCAAACCACUUUUUGAUGAAUGACUUUCUGGACCAGAGAGGAUGCGCGGGUCAUUUUGAGCAGUCAUUCGUUGCCCGCACUGGCAUUCCUCUGUUUUUUUUUGCCUUCCAGCUCAUAAAGGUGUUAUAUUAUUUAGAGGCGGCAGCUGAGCUGAAUGCGGAUUAGAUCCGCCACCAGUCAUCGGAGCACCAGCCCUGGGACUUUGGAUUUUUUCUGCACGACUUCAUGAUGGAGAGGAUAAGAAAAGAAAUGAUUCUGAUGGAAAGGGGACUACACAGUCCAGUGGCAGGGAAGAGGCUCUCCAACCUCACCGACUCGGCCGGGAACGCGGUGCUCGAGGCCCUGGAAAAUUCCCAGCACGCAGGUCGCCUCAGCCCGAGAAUAACUUCCGCCUCGCUGCAUGGGGAUAUUCCCACCAAAGGCAAGUUCGAGAUCGACAGCUUAUUUGGGAACCACCACAACGACAACACUUCCUCAACAGAAGUGUCGUCCUCCGAAAGCCGGAAGAAAAUAAACCUGUAUCCUGAAGUUUCUCCUGACUCCGACAUGAACAGCGAUGUGGAAGUGGGCUGCCCGUCUCAUCGUUCCCCGGGCAGCAUCAGCCAACACAAGGAGAACAACAAUAAAGGUUUCUCGGACAGCAAUUCAGGAGGCUCCAAUACAAGUUCAUCCUCUCUAUCGAAUCUUAACGGUAAUUCCAUGGGAAACAGCAGCUCGAGCUCGGACCAGGUGAGGAGGUACCGGACUGCUUUUACCCGAGAGCAGAUUGGAAGACUGGAGAAAGAAUUUUACAGGGAAAACUACGUCUCGAGACCCAGGAGAUGUGAAUUAGCCGCAGCAUUAAACCUGCCCGAAACAACAAUAAAGGUGUGGUUUCAGAAUCGACGAAUGAAGGACAAGCGGCAGCGGCUUGCCAUGUCCUGGCCACAUCCCGCCGAUCCCAGCUUCUACACCUAUAUGAUGACGCACGCCGCCGCCACCGGAAGUCUGCCUUACCCUUUUCAUUCCCACAUGCCACUACACUAUUACCCCCAUGUCGGUGUCACGGCAGCAGCUGCUGCGGCAGCCGCCUCAGGAGCCGCAUCCUCACCUUUUGCUACCUCUAUACGUCCCCUUGAUACUUUCCGUGCGCUUUCUCAUCCAUAUUCGCGCCCAGAGCUGCUGUGUAGCUUUCGACAUCCAGGACUGUACCAGUCACCCGCUGGUUUAAACAGCUCGGCGGCUGCGUCGGCGGCAGCGGCGGCGGCGGCAGCGGCUGCGGCGGUCAGCGCGCCCUCGGCUACCGGGCCGUGCUCGUGUCUCAGCUGCCACAGCAGUCAGGCCGCCAGCGCACUGGGCUCCAGGAGCUCCAGCUCUGAUUUUACCUGCACGGCGACCGGGCAAAGGUCUGAGAGCGGAUUUUUGCCAUACUCGGCGGCAGUCCUCAGCAAAACCGCGGUGCCCUCACCGGACCAGAGAGAAGAAAGCGCGCUUAAUAGAUAGCUCACUACUGGCAUACACACUUCUUUUAUUUAAAGCACAUGCAAUUAUUAGGAUUAUUGUUAUUAUUUUUAAAUUACAAAAGGGACAGCAUUUUCAUUCCAGUGUACGCCCAGAAUUAUUACAAAAAUAUCUAUUUAAAAUACACUGUUAAGGCCUUUAAGAUCACCACACACACACACACUAUUACAUUUGAUCAAAUACGGUUAUUUAUACCAACAUGCUUUACUUUUCAGUAUUACUAGGCACAUGUUUAUUUUAUUUUAAGUAUUAUUUGACUUAUUUGUAUUACUAGGCACAUGUUUAAUUUAUUUUUAAGUAUUAUUUGGCUUGUUUGUAAUACUAGGCACUGUAUGCAAGUGUUAUUUUGGUUACAUCCACACCGUGUGCAGUAAAGAGAAUAGCUAUACACUGGUUGUGCCACUUUAGUAGCAUCAGUUAUAGGGGACCAGGCGCGAGAUGUAACGAUGCUAUUCUGAAAGUGUUGCUGCUCGAGGGACUCUCCCUGAUGAUCUAGGAGUGAGGCGCAUAAAAUGUGCACUACUGCUACAAUGUCAAUUCUGCUGUUAAUAAUGUGAAGAUUAUGACGAAAAUUGCCAAUCAUGUACCUUGAUGGACCUCCUUUGAAUGUGGAAAUGUAAGAAAGUUCCCGUUCAGAGACUCGCUGUCAAAGCAUAACAACCCGCUGUGGGAAGUCAUUAGACAAGAUAGAUAAAAGACCUUGAGCAUUUCGCAUUGUUCUUGGUGUGUAGAUUGUACAGUAUUAAACGUGGUAUUCGUUACCUGAGAUUUUUUUAUGAUUAUUAUUUAAAAAAAAAUCCCUUUCCACCGAGUCCUAUUUCCAAUCUUCUUAUUGGAACCUUGGCCGGCCUGGGUAGACUUUUCUCUCAGAGAUGUUCCGCUGAUGCGAGCAGUCUCAUUAAAUCCAAACCGAUAUUUCCAUAAUACUCCCAGUAGAGACUCUUCACUCACAAUAUAAUGGGAUUAUCCACACAACCCCAAACUUCAGACAAAUUGCUCAUGCAUUUCUGUCUGCAUACAUUUUUUUUUGUCACUGGGCGGAAUUCUUCCUAUAAAACCUCAUUUUAAAGAUAGCAAAAUAGCACUUGUACAGAUCAAAAUGGUGAAAUAUUUUGUUACGACACGCAUAGGUUUAAAUUGCAUUAAGCCAAAUGCAUUUUGACUGCCAUCCGAAAUGAUUAGCUUUUGCAUAUUAUUAUUAUUCUCAUAAUUUAUGUGACUGUCUGGGUGUUUAUUUCAGAUGUUAGGAUUACUCAAUCUGACAUUACCUCACCACUACAGAAAUUAAAUGCGAAGAAAUAGGCCUCAUGUCGCAAGCCAAAAUGAUCUGAUCCAUUGUAUAUAAAAAGCAUAUCGCAUUGCUGUUACCGUUUAAAAUGAAAGAAGAUUUCUUUUUUUUUUUUUUUAAAUAAAAUAGAUAAAUAAAUGUUACCGAGUUGGAGAACAGGGCUGGUUGCCGUCUGUUCAAUAAAUGACAAUACUAAAAUCCCAGUGUUUUGCUCCUCUCCCAAGGGUUGCCGUGAUACACGACUCUGUACAUUACGUCUCUGUAUUUUACAUAUUGCCGACUGUAUGAAUUUUCAUAUUUUCACUUGAGAAAAAUGUGCAAUAUAAAAAAAUGUAUAUUAUGUUAUUUAUUGAUGGUGUUGUUAUUGUAAAAUAAAUAUUUAAAACGCA